AUGACCGCCCCUGCCGGCAUCAAGCCCGGCGCGCCCUUCAACCUGACCCUCGUCGCCGGGCGCAGCUCGGAGCCCAGCCAAGAGAUCUCCGUCUCCUGGGGCUACACCUCGGCUGUUGGCGGAAACGAAGAUUACGAGAUCGGCCAGUACGCCACGACGCAGUAUCUCGGACCGGACAAGUCCAACACCAAGGAAAACAUCGUCAUCGAGGCCGUCGCGCCCCGGGAACUGGCCAACUGGAAGGAUCCCUCGGUUGUGCUUACCGUGGCCGUCCACCAGGCGGUGGGCAAGACAGCCAAGAGCGUCGUCAACGGUUACAUUGUCGAAUUCAACGUCGCCGACGAAGUUACCGAGGAGCAGGUCGUCGGCAAGGACGGCAUAGGCUGGAAGCAGGACACCACUUGCCAGUUCCACUGGUAG